UCGGGCGGCCCCUGCCGGCACGCGGACGCCCUCCUGGGCGUCCUGCUCUUCCUCCUCUUCUGCCCGCUCAUGGUGCUGCCCUGCCUGGUGCUCGUCCUGCACGUGGAGUGCCGGGCGCGGCGGCGCCAGCGCUCGGCCAAGCUCGACCACGUGGUCCUGGCCAUGGUGGCCGUCUUCCUGGUGUCCUCCAUCUACCUGGGCAUCGACUGGUUCCUCUUCUGGGUCUUCCAGAUCCCGGCGCCCUUCCCCGAGUACGUCACCGACCUGUGUCUCUGCAUCAACGCCAGCGCCAAGCCGGUCAUCUACUUCCUGGCCGGCAGGGACAAGUCGCAGCGGCUGUGGGAGCCGCUCAGGGUGGUCUUCCAGCGGGCCCUGCGCGACGGCGCCGAGCCGGGGGAGGCCGGGCGCGAAGGCCCGCCCAACACGGUCACCAUGGAGAUGCAGUGCCCCCCUGGGAACGCCUCCUGA